AUGGCUGUAGAAGAGCCUUUGAAAAAAAAAAGAAGAAAAGAUGACAAAAGAGAGGUUUUGGCUCUGUGCCAACUAUCACAUAACUAUCUCCGAGUUAUUAAAUCUGCUUUCUGUUCUGUUGUUUCAGCCGGUCAAGUCACACUCCAACCAGCAGGGCCCAGCCUAGCAAAAUCUGUUGGAGAUAUAGUCACUGUGUUUUGUCAAGAGGUUGGUUCCAAUAACCAGCCAACAUGGAGGGAUCCACAAACUAAUGUAAUAAGUACUGGUGGAGUUGGCGGCGUUAGUGUAACGUACAUCAGUGGUACAAACACAAAGUUAGAAAUCAACCCCUUUCAGGAAUCUCAUGUGGGAACUUACACCUGUAAUUCACUUGGAAGCACCAAGUCGAUUUCUAUCACAGCAUACAAAAAGGUGGAAUUUACAAAUGCUCCCACUGAGCAAUCAUUUGAGAUAUACACUGAUGCAAGGAUUGUUUGUGAAAUAACGUCGAAUCCAUCAUCCACCUACGAAUGGAAAUUCAAUGGAGCUUCAAUCCCAGCAAAUUCUAAAAAGUACACAAUUCAGGAACAUGAGUACCUACAGGUGACCAACAUAAGCAGGGAAGAUGACGGAGUAUACACGUGUCAGGGUACUGUACUUACUGGAAAUUUUGAUACUGAUAGCAGAGAUAUAACAGUAACGGUACUUGUGCCUCCCAAAAUCAUACUAGCACCAGAAGACUUCAAUGGUACUCUCGGCAAAAAUGCCCAAUUCAAGUGCAUCGCUAACGGAAACCCUCAGCCUGUGUACACUUGGGAAAAAAACAAUGCUCUAAUUUCAUAUGGAGAUCGGAUUUUCAUCCAAAGUGGUGGUGAGGUGCUGGUGAUCAAUGAUCUGCGAAGUGAUGAUUUCGGCUCGUAUAAGUGCGUUGCAAGAGUUGAAGGCUUGCCAAAUAGGGACGCUGAUCAUUCUGCUAUCCUGCUUGUGUUCACGCCACCGCAGGUCCAGGCGGGUACUGAAGUAACAGCUGUAGAAAAUGAGGAGGUUACUUUGAAGUGCAGCGUGGUCAGUGGUGACAACUCGGAGCUUACUUGGCGUAGGUUUGGAGAGGAUAUGCCUUUAGGACCUCAGCCGGGAUCUGCUGAUAUUGAAGUUCUUUCAAAGCAGAAUGGAAAGUUAUUGGAGCUGAAAUUUUCCAGUGUAAAGCGAAGUUACAACGGAUCGUAUGAAUGUUUUGCCAAAAACGCAGGUGGUGAAGAUAGUGAAAUCUCUAACCUAACUGUAAAUUUUAAACCUGUUCCUGAUUCUGCUCGAAAUCAACAUGAAGCUUACACAGGCUGGAUUGGUAACCCUGUGACCUUGACAUGCUACUGGUUGGCAAACCCGCCUGCUAAGUACUUCUGGAGAAUCGUAGGUCAAGAAAGCUCCAACCUCACGGCACCAAAGUUCACCACAUCAAGUACUAAUGAUGGCGCCAGCAGUCUUACGUUUACACCAGAUGAACCCGGAGAUUUUGCUGUAUACGAAUGUGUGGCUUGGAAUACAAUACAACUCAAAGAAAUGUCAACUCCUCAUACUGUUGAAUUGAAAUCUGCGGCUCCUCCUGAUGCUCCUACAGUUGAGGUAAUUAAAGUAUCACCAACGGAAAUCACACUUCAGAUUAUGGAGGCUGACUAUGAUGGUGGUCUUCCCUUGACUGGCUAUAAUAUAUCUUGGAAAUAUGAAUUUGAAGGCAACGAUGUUACUAGGUCUGCGAUUCAUGACUACAAAGAUGAAGAUGUUGCAAACAAUGAAAUUUAUAUCAUUGAAAACCUAUUGUCUGCUAAGGAGUAUAUGAUCGCUGUAGCUGCAGUAAAUGACUUUGCAACUGGAGAACCUUCUUCACCUGAGAUAUCAGCAAGAACACUGGCCACAAGUAAGAGGCUGUAUUCUGUGAAUCUUGUCAAGCAGAAAUCAGUUCAACUUUGUUACAUGACAAUGGCUCACAGUUGUGAAAAUUAAUCAUUCCAUGGCACA